AUGACGGCUCUUCGCGAAGCCAGCAGAUCAACCAAGAGGCAGCUACAGGCGUGCACCUAUUGUCGCGAGAAAAAAGUGAGAUGCGAUGGAACGCGGCCAUGCAGCAAGUGCCAGCGAGAUGGUGUCGACUGUUUAUUCGUGGGGAGACAAAGACGACCUAUAAACAGAGCCAAAUCCGACAAGGAGGAGCUUAAACAACGUAUGGAGAUGUUGGAGCAGCGAUUAUUUUCACUGGUUCAAACCAAACAAAAUUCUGCCGAGACAAGUUGGGGCCUCUCAUCUUCACCCAGCACAAACCCGCUCAGUUACGCAUCGGCUGGGCAAGCACAAUCUGCAACUGUCUUGCCGUCCCUUUCCACCUGCGAUCUGAGCGAUAAUACUGGUGCUUCGACCACGACCUUUAACAAUGCGAGCCUCCCAUCCUCAAACAUGACUGCUCCUCUCUGCCCGGUGGGAGCUAGUCUUGAGACAUCAGCGCCGGAGCGGCAAACAGAUACAGCCUCUUCCGAACUGGGCGCCGCUACUGACAUCAGAAUAUCUCGAGCUACAGUUUUGGAUCCCCCACAAGAUCGCACGGACGAACCGGAAGCACACCACUCAGGCGAUACAGAUCCCGGCAUGCCUCUUGCCUUUUCUAGAUCUCCGUCGUUGGAACGCACCUCUGUGCUGGCUCCUGCGGGAAUUUACUCUACAAAUGGACUUGACGAUUUUGAAUACCCUGGUCUGCUCUCAGUCUUAUCGAUUCGUUCUCCACCAGGACUGGCUUGGGUGCGAGAUCAAUGUGGAAAUGACCACUUCCCAGCAGUUGCUGACCGACUGUAUCUUGCCCUUCAGCAACGAGCCGUGGUAAUGAAACCUCUGGUUGUGGAGACCAUUUUGGAGCCAGAUUUGACGACCGCUCUGAGCUAUAUACACGCAUUUUUCGAAAAGUCGCCAGAAUCCGCACUAGUUCCGCUCAAUCGCUCAGAGAUCGAGUCUCGCGUGAGACGACAAUCUGGGGCUGAUCAGAGCGCCUCUAUCUAUGAUCCUUGCUGGCACGCUAUCCGCAAUGCGGUGUACGCUGCGGGCAGUCGGAUCGUGCUGUCGCGCUUGGAGUAUUCAUCGACCUUCGAAGACGCGCACACUACAAGCAAGAGAUAUUUCGACAAGGCUCUCCUAGUGCUGCCUGAGCUACUGAAUGCCUCAUUCGAUUUGGAAGCAAUCAGAUCAAUACUUCUUCUGAGCACUUAUGCAAUGGCGUUGCCGAAUGCAUCGGUGGGCCAUAUCUUGAUUUGUGCGGCCAUGAGAUUGGCGCAAUCCUUAGGGCUUCAUCGAAAGUUCCAGCCCGACUGUAAUGAAGGAAGCAUUGAAUACACCUCUCGAAGCUGGGUAUUUUGGUCAAUCUACGCCGUCGAAAAAACCAUGUCAUUCUCAUUCGGCCUAGAUUCGGUUGUAGAUGAUGAUACGAUUACUUGUCCCUUUCCCAUGCAGGGCUCCCCAGAUAGCCAUCUGCCAUUGGAUUUUCUCCUGCAUGCUGCGAAACUCGCAAAGAUUCUAUCAACUAUAUUGUACAAACUCAAGCCAAGCAGGAUGUCGAGGUGCAGAACCGAGGAGCUCAUUCUUCUUUUGAACUCACUGCGAGCACGACUUGAAGCGUGGAAGAUGGGUUUGCCCGAAUCUGUUAUCCCCGGUAAAAGAUCCAGCCAGUUCAAAGCACCGACUGCAUGGAGCGCUAGUCACGUUGUUUAUCUGCGCUGUGGCUAUUAUACUGCUAUGCUCGGCAUCCAUUCCGUGCUGGCAUGUCCAUGGACAGCGCAUUCCCUCGUGCCAAGCGCAUUCGCAAGAUUGAAGAAGCAUAUAGAUGAAAGCUCGGCUAUGCUUGCAGAUGUUUCGAGGGACAUCAUCACGACCUCCGAUACCAUGGAUACCAACGCCUCAACGCCUGAUUGGCAAGUGCUGCGGCUGCCCAUUGUAGCAGCGGUCAACGUUUUUGUACAUGUCCUCGGAAACCCCGGCGCCCCGACGUCGUCAAAUGACCUUGCUCUUCUUGACAUAGCUGCUGGACAUCUUGGACACUUGGAUUUUGUGCGUGUAAUCGACACUUCCUGGCCGGUCGUCCGCGAUUUGGCCAAUCUUGCAAGGAGUACUGUUAAGACAGCCCGCCAAAAUCACACUGCGCGAAACCCCGACUUGCACCAGCCUAGUGCUCGUGACGUCGGCUAG